AUGAAGGCCAUUCAGAUUGACAAGUUCGUCACAGAUCUUGGAAGUGUAACACCGAAGGAUGUACCAUCCCCCAAGCCUCAUUCACAGAAGGCUCUUUAUAUCAAAAUUACUCACGCAGCAGUCACGCACGUUGACCUCCUGUACGCCCAAGGUUUGCAUCAGAACAACAAACGCCAUGUGCAACCCCCGUUCGUACUGGGCACUGAGUUCUCCGGCAUCGUCAUCUCAGCAUCUCCCAGCUCUUCAUUUAAGCCCGGCAAGCGUGUGUUUGGAGGCGGCCUCGGCUCUUUUGCCGAGGAGAUCUGUGUCGACGAAGCGAGCGUGCGGUACGUUCCGCAGCAGUGGAAUAAUGCUGAGGCUUGUGCAGUCGGUGCAAGCGGUGCUGUGAGUUAUGGCGCCCUAGUCGACGUUGCGAAUGUCAAGAGAGGAGAAGUGGUACUGGUUUUGGGUGCGAGUGGAGGGUUGGGCGUCAUGGCUGUGCAAAUCGCAAAAGCACUGGGGGCGAAGGUGAUCGCUGUCGUUGGAGAUGCAGAAAAGGCGGAUGUUGUGAGGAGGAUUGGUGCAGACGCUGUUGUUGACUACCACGACGACAAAUGGGAGGACAAAGUCAGAGAUCUGACACCAGAAAAUCAGGGCGUGGAGGUGGUGUAUGACAGCAUUGGUGCUGUUGAGAGUGGAAUCAAGUGUUUGAAGUACAGAGGGAGGGUUGUAGUCGUGGGAUUUGCAGCGAGAGGAGGGAAGAUGGAGAACGUGAGAGCGAAUCGUAUACUGUUGAAGAGUGCAAUGGUGCACGGCUAUCGCUUUGGUGAAGAUGGCAGACACGAUCCCCAAAGAACAAACAAUGUGUGGGACGGCUUCAUGAAAUUAGUGGAUAGUGGCAAGAUCCAGCCUGUGAUCUACAAAGAAGAAUAUCGAGGUGUCGAAGCUGUGCCGCAAGCAUUGAAAGACGCAGAGAAUCACAAAUCCUGGGGAAGGGCAGUCCUUCGGAUCGACGACAACGCAGAGAAUGAGCUUCAGCGACAGAAAUCGAGGCUGUAG